AUGCAAGUAAGGGGCCUUCGUGCAGCCCUCAAUAGUACCAACAAAUACAAAUUCAAGAGUCCGGAGUAUGCUGUAGACCAUCUUGUCAUUGGAGGAGGUGUCGUUGGCCUUGCCAUCGCACAACGACUUGGUCAGAGGUUCCCUGACAAAAGCACGUACCUCGUCGAGAGACACAACCUCCCCGGCGAGGAAACAAGCGCUCGUAACUCAGAGGUGAUCCACGCAGGACUCUAUUAUCCUCCAGGCUCCCUCAAGACGAAUCUAUGCCUGAGAGGAAGGACACUGCUGUAUGAUCGCUGUGUGCGACACAACGUACCCUUUAAAAAGACCGGAAAGCUAGUUAUUGCUCGCGAGGAACAACGGCCAUACAUCGAGGGCCUCCACGCUAAAGCUCAGAAACUAUCUUGGCCGCCGCACUCAGAUCCUACCCAAUCGCAAUCGCCAGUCCUACCCACUAAGCUCAUCGGAGGCGACGAAGCCCGGGAGCUCGAGCCAGAUCUGAACAAGGACAUUGUCGCCGCUCUAUGGAGCCCCGAGACAGGCAUCGUGGACUCGCACGCCCUGAUGCAGAGUCUAGAGAAGGAGAUCUUGGACGCCGAAAGCAGCGAGAUCGUAUAUUCCACGCAGGUCGUUCGCAUCGACAUAAGUAGAGACGCGCCCGGCUGGGUUGUGCAGCUAGUGACCGGCGAUGCUGCAAAUGGGGAUGCGCUCCUUGCCCGGACCGUUAUCAAUUCCGCAGGCCUUACUGCACCGCGCAUUCUGAAUGCAAUCCUUCCAGAGGACGAGCGGAUACCCAUGUACUUCGCCCGCGGCUCAUACGCUUCGUACCAUGGUCCCGGCAUCAACAGCGUCUCACACCUCAUAUACCCGUGCCCACAUGUCGGCAAAGAUGCACACGCGUUCGCCUCCCUAGGAACCCACCUCACUUUGGACUUGCAGGGAAAGGUCCGAUUCGGGCCCGACAUUGACUGGCUCGCUCCUCCCGAAACCGACGAUGAUGCGGACUUCUGGCAAUGGCACCUCGUGCCCGACGAUUCCCGCCUGGAACUUAUGUACAAUGCCGUCAAGGAGUACCUGCCAGGCGUGGAGUUCGAAGGGUUCCAGCCAGACUACUGCGGCAUCAGGCCUAAGAUCGUAGGCCCGGGAGCAGGUUUCCAGGACUUUGUUUUUCGUCGAGACUACGCAAACGGGCAGGGCGAUGGGCAGUUGAUCAGCUUGCUCGGGGUCGAGAGCCCAGGGCUGACGUCGUCCCUCGCAAUCGCUGAGUAUGUAGUUGAUGAUAUAAUGGGCGGUGGGCAUGCAUAG